CAUCCCAUCCCAUCCCGUCCCGUCCAUUUCCUCAAAUAUAGUCUCCACACAAUCCUUCCCUUCCAAGAAGGGGAAUUGCUGGAACAAAUAUCUUCGCACCUUGUCCUUCGUUUUAUCUUGCGUGCGCUGAUGCAUCAAUUCUUCAUAUCGAGAUGGAUCUAAUACGUGUGUGUGUAGUUGGUGGUAACGCAGUCUCUGCUUUCCUCUCCUGGCGGCUUCAAGCCACGAACGCUUGCGACGUGACAUUGGUCUGGAAAUCGGGUUUCGAUGCAGUAUAUCAAUAUGGCAUAUCGUUCAAGUCAACAUCUUUUGGCAAUGAGCGAUUCAAACCACGACAUGUUGUGCGCGCCCCAGAGGAAGCAGCAAAUAAUAAAGAGGGUGCCUUCGACUACGUUCUUCUUUGCGUCAAAGCCCUUCCAGAUGUUUAUGAUCUUGCAGCCGUCAUCGAAUCAGUCGUUACACCACAGCACACAUGUAUUCUUGUCAACACCACACACACUUUAGGGGUUGAAGCACAACUGGAAUCAAGGUUCCCAAGCAAUGUAGUUUUGUCACUCGUUUCCGGCGCGGAGAUUACACAGCUAGGUGCGAGCGAAUUCGAACACAAAGGGUCAACAGAGGUUUGGGUAGGCCCAGCGAACAAGAAUCCAUCGAUGCCCAGCACAAUACAAGGUGAUAUGGCAGAUGCCUUGGCCAUGACUCUCAGCAGUGGGCAAGUGGAUUGUCAUGUUUCGAGCAAUAUUCGGCAACAGCAGUAUGAGCGGAUGAUCGGACCAAUCGCUUUCCAUCCUCUGAGUGUCAUUUUCGAGACUGCUUCUCACGCUGCCUUACUGGAGAAAGUUGGUGUUAGACAAUUGGUUUCGGAUGUUUUCGAUGAAUUACUUAGCAUCGCAAAUGCCCAGAGCUGUAGUUUUCCGGCCGACUUCAAACAAAGAGUGAUGGAAGAAAUGGUCAGACCUACAGAAGCCAAUAGCAUUAUGUACCAGGACUUCAACGCGAAGCGACCCAUGGAAGUCGAAACAUAUCUCGGAUCUCCAAUAAAGCUGGCACAAGGCGUGGGAGUGAAGGUUCCAAGGAUCGAAACGUUAUACGCCAUACUUCACAACCUCAACAUCGUCAAUCAACAGAGGAAAGACAUUCCACUCGCAUCUCCUGCUGCAGCAAACCCGCCAGUCCGCUUACCUUCAGUGCCUCCGCCUAGACCUAUGAUGAAUGGAGCUGUGAAUGGCAAUGGGCCUAUGGGACCACCAAGAGGCAGAGGGCGAACACCAUCCAUGAAUGGGCCUCCACCAGGAAUGCGCAGAGGACCACCACCACCUAUUAACGGCGGACCGCCCAACGGAUACGGCAGACCCAUGACGGGCAAUGGUUAUCAACCUCCUCGAAAUCAAUCCAGAAGGGGUUCUCUUGAAGGGAACGAUCUCGAAGAAUUCAGCCAUCUGGUUCUGUAUGACGAUAUCCCUGAGUCCGGAGAGUCCAAUUAUGGUGGGGAUGGUCCAGACAUUGCCCUGCGUGAACGCGAAUUGAUGUUGAGACAACGAGAACUGGCACUGCGAGAGCAAGAAUUACGUCUCCAGGGCCAGGGCGCCGGACCCCGACGAGGUCCAUUUUCUCGUAGAGGACCUCCCACACCUUCAGUCCGAAAUGGAGGGGGUGGAUUUGAUGAAGACGAUGAUGAUAACUUUGUUGAUCCUGCAGAUGGCCCUCCACCUCCAAUGAUUGACCCAGACAAUUUCGAUAUGAUGAGUGUGACUUCUCGAAGAAACAGGAAGAAUAUGCCGAAUGCCAGUCAAAUUCGGAAAAACCCUGAGUACGACGGGCUUCCUCCACCACGAAGAGGAGGUGGCUUUAUGCGCCCUGGGUAUAACAGAAAUCGGUCGAGUGCUAGGAUAAUAAGUCAAGUACCAGGUGCACACGACAAUUUGAUGGACGACCCGCUGAUGGCGUAUUCGUCAAACAGAUAUGGAAACGUGGAUCGAGCUCAGAUGGGUAUGGACUCGAGGACUAACUCAUUGACUGCUGCACGUCUUGACGAGCUUCAAUACGGUGGUGGGCCAGCAGGGCCUCCUGGACCUCCGAAUGGAAACGGAUAUCCUCGAAGAGCAAGCCAAUCGCCUGGCAACCCUUACAGCCCACAGAUGGGGAGAGGAAAUGGGAGACCAUCACCUCCAAAUGGUUAUAUGGGUCCUCCGAUGAAUGGUCGACCGUCGCCUCCUGGAGGUAUGCGGCAGCCAGUGCCUCGUCAUCCGCCAGGACAAGGAAAUGCGGUUGCACCGCAACAAGUUGAGCAGUAUGCAGGGGUGAGCGCCCUUCAUCCACCCAAAGGACCUGUGAACGUUCGAAGUCUGACGGGUAGUGCGAGCGCUAGCGCGGGGAGUGGUGACAGCGCCAACAUCGACUCCGAACCCUCCGCUCAUAGCAGCCAGAGCAGUCUAGGACCUCGACCAGCGAUCGGCGUGAGAUAGACUCGAGAACCCCACGUACCCUCACCAACUGCCGUGUGCAGCACACGGCACCAAUUUCACUGAUAGAGAACUUGCGGACACCAAGGCUCUAUUCAACACUUAAUGCUGUCCAUAACGAA